CGUCGUGGUCACUGCUUGCUGGAAAUCCCCAAUGGAGCGUCGGGUCAAGAGCAGCUCAGACAGGCUUGAUUCACAGUCGUUUUAUCCGCCAACGCCCGUGCCGUGCCGCUGUGAUGAAGAGAUAAAAACCCCACGCCUCACUGCAAGCUGCCGCGUCGCGGCUAGCGAUUGCUCUAGGAGGUGCGACUUGAAGCGAGACCACCAGAUGACGUAGUUGGAUUUUUUUUUGGGCUGCUUCUGGACUUUUCCUGUCCAGCAAUUUCCUGCCAAGCAGGUUAUACGUCUGGGUCCCUCUCCAGCUGCAUCUCUGCCUGACCCCUCCUCAUACAUACAUGCACCAAGAAAUAUAUCCCAAGGAGAACCAACCCCACCAAAGACUCGCCGCGGCCAUGGCAGCUGACGGCGCCGCUGUCGGAUCCCGCCUAGACAACGCCAAGGAGAAUCCACCCCUGACUGCCUCUGACGGCGACCCUGUGCCGCCGACCAGGCUCAGCUUGGUCAAGUCCGACUCGACCGCCUCAGCCGGCUGCUUCUCCACCAAGUCGGUCGUCUCGGUCCCCGUCACGGGAAGCCUCCCUUACGGCACCCUCCGCGUCCACCAACCGCCGUCCCCCGCGGCCACUCCUCCUCCUCCUCCUCCUCGCUCGUCCGAUUCCCCGUCCCCGUCCCUGCCUCCCCUGGCGUCAGACGUCCUCGACCACGGCGAUGUCUUUCUGAUCCUCGACCUCCCCCCGGGCUUCCUGGUGGGCUGCGACACCACGGCCCUGACCACCCAGACCGCGCGCCCGGUGCUCGGCUUCAGCGCCAUCCCCCCGGGAGCGCACCUGGUCUUCGUGGCCGACCCGGCCGGCCUGUCCCGCUGCGGCUACUGGUUCGUCACCGGGGAGGCGGCGGCGGCGCGCGGCGAGCCGAGGGUCAAGCAGUGGGACCGGUACAACGAGGUCCUCGGGGCGCCCGCCAGCCGCGUCGAGGCCCGCAGCAGCAUCGAGGACCUCGGCUCGGCGCGCGCGAGCCUCGUGCCCUACAGCCGCACCCGCCGGGCCGGCGUCGGCGGCGGCGGCGGCGGCCCGGCGCCUCCGCGCAAGGAUCCGCCGCGCAGUAGCGGCCCGGCGUCCCCAGACCCGGACCUGGCCCUCGACGACGAGGUUGCUCUCUGGCACCACCUUACUUCGUGCAUCACCGAAGCGCUGCUCGGCCGCGUCACGGGGAACGCGGAUCCCUCGGCGUCCGAGUGGCUCGUCGACACGGCCGACAGCGCCAAGGGGGAGGUCAACUUCGCGCAGGCCAGCAAGCUGUUCAAGACCGUCAUCGGCAGCGAGCUGACCUUUUUGUUCUCGCCUCAAGACUCGGCCCUCGGCCUUCACCUCGUGAACCUAGACGCCAACGCGGCCGACGAUGGCGAGAGCGACCGGGCAGUAGCAGCAGCGGCGGCGGCGGCUGCUCCAGGCACCGCUGCUACUACUGCUGCUGCCCGGUCGUCGUCGCCGAGACGGCCGGACACUACUCUGCUGGUCGAAAACGCGCUUGGCGGAUCCGGGAUCGCCGAGGCCGACCUCACCGGGGAGCUCCAGUUCGUGUUCCUCACGGCCAUGCACCUCGGCAACCCUUCGUGUCUAGACUACUGGUUCCACCUGGUCCUCAAGAUAAUCCUGCGCGCGCACCAGCUGGCCGUGUCACGACCCGCGCUCACCCACUCCCUCAUCCUCACUAUACACGCGCAGCUGGUCUACGGCGAGCGCCACAUGUCCGACGGCGGCGGCGGCGACGACGACGACGAGGGCCGCCGCGCGGGGAUCCUGGAAAUGGCGCCGCAGCACCAGGCGCGGCUGCGCGAGGCCCUGACGGUGUACAAACGCAUACUCAACGGCUCGCUCCUAGGGCUGGGGGGCGCCAUCACCGGGGAGCAGGCGGCCGUGGGCCAGGCCUUUUCGGACCUCGAGGCCUGGUUCUGGAAGUACGGCUGGGACCUGCGGAGCGACUACGUCCCCGAGACCCUCGUCGUCGCCGUCGUCGCCGAGGAGCCCCACCGCCGCCGCCGCCGCGGCCUCGAGGCGGACCCGGGCGACAGCGACGACGACGACGACAGCGAGUACCAGCCCGUGCUGGUCGAGCUGGACGAGAACGGACGCGAGGUCGGGCUGGUCUCGUGGAGCUCUUAAGUCUACGGACUUGCUUGCCCAAGGCUCGCGGUUUAGCGGUGAUUUUGCGUUGCCUAUGGGGAAAGAAACCCCUCUGGCUGGCUGUAAUGGCAAUAGAUGGACGUAAUCGUGGCUGGCACAUUAGCCCUGCCUACAACGGGGGCUUUUUCAGCGGGGAGCUGGUGGUCUGGGCUGAUUCGUUUUCUUCCGUCUUCUUCUUUUCUUCCCGCUCCAUGCGUUGUAUUCUCGUUGCUCGCAAGCCCAGUGUUUAUGUAUGAUGACGACUUGCAGAUACCCAAGCAAAUCUAGCGCAGGCGUGGUUGAAUGAAUCGGAGCAAUUGUGGACAUCAGCCCUUGGCCCCCAGAAGAGACUGUGAAUGGGUGCGGUACGUCACUUGGAGCGCGGUUGGGCAGACGCAGGGC